GCAAACACUCCUGUUGUGACGCAAGUUUGGAAAUGGGAAUGACCAAACAUGAUAAUCACCAGCUCUUGGGGUAUAAAGUGAAAGGAUUCCCUCAGUUCAUUCUCACAGCAAACAGUUCUCAACAGCUGAAGCAGAGAAGCAUCUCAUCCACCUUUUCCUCCCAUCUACCGGUCACUUCUCCUCCAACCCUCAGUAUGUCCCGGUUACUCCACGCUGGUUCCAUCAUGAUGGUGCUGCUGGCCUUGUCCUGGUCCAGACUUGAGGCGAUGGGUCGUCCACAAUACUUCUGUGGCGACCACUUAGUGGAAACUCUCAACCAGGUCUGUGGGGACAGGGGCUACAACCUCACGAGAGCUGUGGACUCCAAUGCCGGCUCCCAGUCUUCCACGGCAGGCGGAACCAGAGGGGAUCAACUGGCCACGAACGCCGAGGUUCAGUGCUGCCACGGAAACGGCUGCAACAUCUAUGACCUCCAGAACUACUGCCACUAGAAUAUCUAAUGUGUAACUUAGCACACCAAGGAAGGAAGUGCUCCCCUAGCCUGGCUCCGCCCGCCUAAGUACUUCUGCUCAAUUUGAAUUUCCCUUCAGUACUUGGUCUGGGUCUGCGGUACGUUAUUGGGUUUUCUCUGUCUACAUUUUCUGCGUUCAAUCAGCGAACAGAGGGAGUGGCUGAGAUCAAUGACGUUAAAGUCAGCUCUCGUUGACGGACAUCAGCCAUGCGCACAACGCAAUUCCCGGCCAAUUGUUAGCGAUUGGUUAUGGAAAGUGUAGCUUAAACCUUUGCCGAAUGUAGAUAUGCAAUCAUUAAAGCCGGGCACCAGCAAUAUUAACCUUCAAUCAAAUAAAUGAUUAAGUUAAAUAAAGAGAGCCAUACUCUUGUGA